AUGGCGACCGGCGCCCCCUUCCUCCCGUUGCUCCUAGCCAUUCUCCGAUUGGCCACCUGCUCGUUUCCAGAGGAACCAGGCCCUUUAAUCUCCGCCCCUGCCGAGGUUGCUAGGCGCUAUCCUGUGUUUCUAGGCCGAGCUCAUCGUUCCUAUAUGCGGCAGGAGCCACUGUACAUUCAGAGCGUCCUCAAAGUCAACCGCACGCUCUACAUCGGAGCAAGAGAUGACCUUUAUCGCGUGGAGCUGGACCAUGUAUCAGGAGAUGAGAUGUUCUACAGCAAAAAGAGAACGUGGGAAUCCAAUAAGAAUGACAUCCGAAUCUGCCGGAUGAAGGGCAAACAUGAGGAGGAGUGCCGUAACUAUAUGAAGGUUCUGCUGAGUCAGCAUGGUGGUCUUUUUGUGUGCGGCACCAACGCCUUCAACCCACUGUGUGCCAAUUACACUAGAGACACUCUGGAAAUGGUUGGAGAGCCCAUCAGCGGGAUGGCCAGAUGUCCGUAUGACCCCAAACAUGCCAACGUAGCUCUGUUUGCAGAGGGCAGCCUGUUCACGGGUACAGUGACAGAUUUCCUGGCCAUCGAUGCUGUAAUCUACCGCAGCCUGGGAGAAGGCCCAGCCCUCCGCACCAUCAAACACGACUCCAAAUGGUUCAGAGAGCCCUACUUUGUGAGUGCUGUGGAAUGGGGACCUCAUAUCUACUUCUUCUUCAGAGAGAUGGCUAUGGAGUUCAACUACCUAGAAAAGGUGAUGGUGUCCCGCGUGGCGCGUGUUUGUAAAGGUGACUUGGGAGGUUCUCAGCGUGUGCUGGAGAAGCAGUGGACAUCGUUCCUGAAGGCCAGGCUUAACUGCUCCAUUCCAGGAGACUCCCACUUUUACUUCAACCUCCUGCAGUCUACCAGCCCCAUCAUACGCAUGCACGGCAGAGACAUCAUACUCGGGGUCUUCUCGACACCCCCUAACAGCAUCCCCGGCUCAGCGGUGUGUGCCUUCGACAUGCAGCAGCUGGCACGUGUGUUCGAGGGCAGGUUCAAGGAACAGAAGUCUCCGGAAUCCAUCUGGACCCCUGUGCCUGACGAACUGGUACCUAAGCCCAGGCCUGGUGGUUGUGCUGGUCAGGGCUCCAGGUUCAGCUCCUCCACUGCUUUCCCUGAUGAGGUGUUAAACUUCAUAAAGACGCAUCCUCUCAUGGACGAGGCUGUUCCUUUGCUGGGACACCGACCCUGGAUAGUCAAAACGAUGGUCAGAUACCAGCUGAACACCAUGGUGGUGGACACAGAGGCAGGACCACACAGAAACCGGACCGUAGUGUUUCUCGGGUCCACUCGGGGGACCGUUCUUAAAUUCCUCAUCAUUCCUGGCAGAGAUAGCCCUUACUCCAACACCAACAUCUUCCUGGAGGAACUGGAGGGCUACAAUCCUGAGAGGUGCGGGGACGACUCUGUACAGGCCCGCCAGCCGCUGUCUCUCACUCUGGACAGACCCAGCCACACACUCCUGCUGGCCUUUCAUUCCUGUGUGGUCAGGCUGCCUGUAGCGCGCUGCCAACUGCACUCCCGCUGCAUGAAAAACUGCAUCUCCUCUAGAGAUCCGUACUGCGGCUGGACCAGAGGAAGCACCUGUUCUCUCCUCAGACCUGGAACCAGGCUUCCCUUUGUGCAGGAUGUCGAGUAUGGCAACAUCACACAUCUUGGAGACUGUGAUGGUCUGCUGCACGAGAGCUUCAUGGAUGAGCCAGAGAGUCUGGUGACCCUAAACCUGCUGGUUGUGGCUGCUGUUUCAGCCUUCUCCACUGGGGCGGCGCUCUCAGGCCUGGCUGUGUGCUGGAUCAUGGGCCAGAAGCAUCGGCACCGUUCCCGCAGCAACACGUCCUCCUCCUCCUCUGGUGGCAACCAGCGGAAGAGCGAGAAGGAGCGGAGCAUGCUGGGACCGAGCGGGAGUGGCUCGGUGAUGAGCGUGUCGAGGCACAGUGUGGCGGAGAGGUCGCGGCCGCAAGGCGAGACACUCUUUGUCAUGCCAAACGGCUGGGUGAAGGCAGGCGACCUCGACCCAGGGCUGCUGCCUACACCCGAGCAGACGCCAUUGCAGCAGAAGCGUCCACCUCCGGGUCUCCUCCGCCUGUCCGACUCAGGCUCAGGCUGGGACCAGAGCCAGACCUAUCUGAACUCGGUGGGCACCCAGUGCCCACCCCCACCACCCUCUGCCAUUUUCCUCAGCUCCAAACUACUCCAGGGUGCCGGUGACAGACGCCACGAGGACACCGUGGACCGCCAGCGCUACGUGUCCCUUUCCAGGUACCGCGAGCAAGCUGGUCGUCCAGGGACUCUGCUGCGCAAGUCGGCAGGUGACUACGAUUACCCAGUAACCCCACAGGAUUCGCCCGACCGCAGGAGGGUGGUAUCGGCACCCAGCACACAGAUGGAGUACGGUGGAGAGACCCUGCGCUGGACCCACGAGGGUUACAUUUUCAGCCAUGCCGCACCGCCCUCUGGUCACCACUACGGCCCAGCCGGGCCACACCUCACCCGCUCCGUCCUGCAUGGCUCCCGUGGCCUCAUGGACCUGGCAGAGUUCAGCCACCUGCUGGGCAAGGGAGGUGUUGAGCGGGCCCCAUCAGGCCAGUGAAGGAGAGGGCAAGCGAAAGAAAAAGGGUGCUGUGAAAAAGAAGAAAGUCAUAAAGAAGAAAAUGUGAAGGAGGCAAUGCCUCAGACCUCUUGCAGAGCCAGCAGGAUCUGGCCAAUAACAUCUCUCUCUGUCUUGCUCUCUCUCUCUCUUUCUGUCUCUCCCUCGUCUGCAACCUCUGUUUUUGAUCUCCUCUUGCUCUCUGUAUCAUGCUGUGAUCAGUCACUGGAAACGCCCCACAGCUUUUGACCUUACAGCUCAUGUUGUUGCAGUGCAGAGAAAUAACUACGGCUAUAUUCUCAUUGCAGGGUUGCUACGAAUCACAUUUUUUGCCUAAAUGGGACACAGAUGGGAGAUGAGCUGCUCUAGUUUUGUUCACACAGCAGGACAAAUGGUUUGAUUUGUUUCAUGAAUAAUAUUAGUGUUCACACUGCGCGUGUCCAUAUCUGAUUUGUAUGGCUGGACUGCAGUCGCAUAUGAUCACAUAUCGCCAUUAGUAAUGGUGCAGUAAGGUGCAUAAGCUGAUGAUAAAAAUCAUAAAUCCUAUCUGAAUUGUCAAACCGAGUCACAUCUCUAGAAAUCUGGAUUUGAAAGCACAUACAUGUGUGGCUUGAAUCCAAUUGUAAAACGUCAAAUUCCAGUUGACAUUCAGACCACAGGAAGUCUUUCCUGCUCAAACCUGAAACUCUGAAAAAUUAGAUUUCAGCUGGCUAAACAAAGACUUUCUCACGUGGUCCUAGACUGGACAUCCAAUAUGUGACAAUGUACUGAGAAUCUAAAUCUGAAUUCACGUUUUUCUUUUUGUA